CAACAACCAAGCCAUAGCGACCAAAAGAAGCACAGACAAGAAAGACUAAACGUUUAUGAGAUUAACGGGAGAUUAAUUAACGAUGCCAGCCACCAAGGUUCACCCUUCACCGAGUCCUAUGCAAACACUCUCUCUGAAUAUGUCAGAGAGGUUCAAGAGCAAAGCGGUGGUACCUGGGAAACUCAACACGAAACAGCAAAACCAGUCAAUGACUCCAUCUGCAUUUGCUGAGGAAAUGUCCAUGUCUACAGAGCAGCGCUUGGCAAAUACACACACUGUGCACCCUCCUCGCAUCCUGGAGCUCUUAGAUUUGAGCGAGACCGCUCACCAGAAGAUUUCCUCUGUGGACAAUGACCAGGCAGUGUUUCAGCCAUUCCCUUCAGAGAUUGUGUUCCAGAAUUACACUCCUUCAGAAACGUACCAGGUGCCACUUGUGCUGCGAAAUAAUGAUAAGAUCCCACGGCUGGUGAAGGUGGUGGAAGAAGAAUCGCUGUAUUUUAAAGUGGUCAGCCCUGUAGAUAUGCACACAAAGGUGGCCCCAGGGAUGGCUUCCACAUUCAUGGUGGUCUUCACUCCUCAGGAGAACAAGGAUUACAUCCACAAAGUUAUCUGCAUGACAGAGAGAGAGCGGUUUGAGGUGCCCAUCCGGGCCAUAGGGCCACGUGCCAUACUGGACUUCCCGGACCACCUGCACUUUCCCGUCUGUGCUGUGAAGAGCCCCUCUGAGAGGACUUUGCUGGUCCGGAACAUCGGAAAUGCUGAGGCCAAGUUCUGGCUCUGCGCACAGAGCCCUUUCUCCGUGGACCCCCCACUGGGUACCCUGAAGGUUGGAGAAAGUAUGCAAGUGACUGUAGAAUUUCUGCCUAAAACAACUGGGGACUUCAAACAAGACCUGGAGCUGCAAUACCAUACAGGAGAAGACAUCUACAUCAGCUUGUAUGGAGCUGCUGUGGAUGUGAAUGUGCGACUGGACAAGAACUCUAUCAUCAUGGAAAAAACUUACAUCUCCAAAGCCAGCCAGCGUUCUGUCAUCAUAACCAACAGGAGUGAUAUCAUUGUUCACUACCACUGGAAGAGUUUUGCCUCUGAAGAGGAAGAACAGCAGCUAAAGCUGAGAUCCUGCUUGGAGCUGCAGCAGCAGGAGGAGGUGAUGAUGGACCAGUUCCUGGCAGAGUGUAAUGCAGACCCCACACUCUGUGGUCACCUCUCAGUACUCUCCCGUGCUUUCUAUGGCCAGCAGAGACAACUGCAGGAGGAGCAUCUGGCCUUUUUUGAUGACUGCAUCAUUAUCAGUCCCUCGGAAGGGGACAUCUGGCCCAACACGACAGCAAUGGUGAAUAUUGUGUUUAAGCCACAAGAGGCCAAGCUGUAUCAUCAGACGGUGUACUGUGAUGUCACGGGUCGGGAGUCUCGCCUCCCUCUGCGAAUUAAAGGGGAGGGCAUCGGCCCCCAGUUGCAGUUCAAUUUCGACCUUCUGGACAUGGGCAAUAUCUUCAUCAAUUCCAAGCACAGCUAUGAGGUGCUCCUGUCCAACAAGGGGUAUAUUGAAGCCCCUUUUUGCCUGGUGCCCCCCAGUUCAACCAUAGGCCUCUGCUUCUCCUUCGCUCCCAGUGAGGGGGUGCUGCCCCCAGGGGCCUGCCAUGCCAUGGUGGUCUCAUUCUCUUCCCCCAGUUUGGGCACCUUCACUGAGGAGAUCCUUUUCUCUGUGACGGGGAACCCCCAGCCCCUCGUACUCACCUUCAGGGGGUGUGUGAUAGGACCCACCUUUCAAUUCAAUGUGCCAGAGCUCAGUUUUGGGGACGUGUCUUUUGGUUUCCCCCAUACACUGACCUGUUCGCUUAACAACACCUCCCUGGUUCCCAUGACUUUUGACCUUCGUAUCUUGGGCGAUAGCAGUGGCCCACCGAGCCUUGCUGCUGAAGACCAGGUCUUGGAUCUGAACCGAACAGACUGGGGACCCAAGAGCAGCAGGAGGAUCCGGCCAAGAGAGUUUACCUUGAGUCCCAGCUCCGGGAGUCUACGUGCUCAAGGAGUUAUUGAUAUUCAGGUUACUCUGUGCUCCAACAACAUCCAAGUGUAUAAUUUUGCCUUGGUGGUAGAUGUACAGGGGGUGGGGCAGGAGGUGUUGGCUCUGCCCAUCCAUGCCAGAUGUGUGGUACCUAAGGUGCGUUUGGACACUCCUCUGCUGGAGCUCCAGCGGUGCUUUCUUAGUUACCCCUACGAAAAGUCUGUGAGGCUGAUUAAUGACAGCGACCUGCCUGCAUGCUAUGGCCUGCUCUCACAGGAGUGUGAAGAGCAUCCUUCUGUUGUGUACUUCAGCUCCCGCCCACGGGGAAUCCUCCAGCCACACGAAGAGGUGCAGAUCCCAUUGGUACUGCAAGCUAAGACUCUGGGUAGGCUGCAGGCGACCGCUCGUGUGGCCGUGUUCGGCAGCGAAGAGCCGCCUCUGGAUGUGAUCCUGUCGUGUACUGGAGAGGGUCCAGUUGUUCAUGUGGCUGUCACAACGGUGGACUUUGGCAACAUACCUGCGCUGACGGACGUGUGUCAGACAGUGCAGCUCUUUAACCAGUCCCCCAUCUCUGCCGUGUUCCUGGCACAAAUGGUGCGCAGCCGGUCCCAGUUCCGCGUGGAGCCCUGUGAGGGUGAAGUGCCCCCAAACGGGGAGCUGCAACUUAGGCUGGUGGCUCACCUGGAUGAUACCACCCACUUCCAAGAUAAGCUGCACCUGGCCAUCCGCCACAGCCGCACUCACAGCAUCCCUGUCUCGGCCAGGGGAAAGGGCACAACCAUCGUCAGCGACCGACCCUUUGCACCAUACCUUGACCUAGGAACGCACUUUAGCUCAGGUCCCUGUAAGUACCACUUCAGGCUGACCAACCGGGGCCGACGCUUCCACCAGCUCUACUGGAUGACCGAAGGUUUCCCUCCUUUCCGCCGCCGGGCUCUCCAACCAUCCCACUCCAACAGUUCCAGGAAUGGCAAACAAGGUGGCCCUUUGGGCCUCCUAGAGUCAGAUGGACCUGUCUUCAUCCUGGAGCCACAGCACACUGAGCUUGCACCAGGUCAGACUGUGGACAUGGUACUAGUGGGCUCCUCUGACACCCCUAAGGUUGUUCAGGAGCGACUGCUGUGUCAGGCAAUCUUGGGCCAGAAAGGAGGAAAAGAGCGUAUCAUGACAGUGGAUGUCACAUGCAAGUUUGUGUCCCCAGUCCUAAAAUUUUCCUCCCAGGAGCUCAGCUUCUGUGCAGAAAAGACCUUGGGUGUUUCUCUGGUCCCCCUGUACCAACCACUCAUCCUGACAAAUGUGUCCUCUCUACCCCUGUCCAUGGAGCUGGCUCUGGUCAAGCCCUUUGGCCUGUGCGACCAUCCAGAGGACCCCUUGUUCGUCACUUCAAAGAUCCAGACACUGGGGGUGGGGCAGGAUGUGAAACUUUGGGUGUGCUUCAACUCAUUGCACUGGCAGGACCACGUUACCCACGUGGUUGAAGAGAAGCUCGAGGUCCACUACCAAGACCACCCACAGCGGGACAGCAUCAUUCUGCGGGGAGAGGUGCGCUUCCCCAACCUGCGAUUCUCCAGCAGCAGCCUAGACUUUGGCUGCAUUUUCAACCACACCGAGAGCCAGAAGCAGCUAACCAUGACCAACUGCAGCCGGCUGGCUGUAACGUACCACUGGGCCUUCCUAGUGGAGCAGGUCUGGUACCACAUCAGGGAGAACGCAUCUCAGAGGAGCCGUGUCGGGGAGCUAGUGCCUCCCUUUGGUUGCUGGUACCCGAGCAGUUUCCCUCAGGAGGCAGAUACCUCAGUGAAACAGACACCGGCAGACUCCAAGGUGGACAGGCCUGAGAUGAGAAAUGCAGACGGCAAGAAGGAGCCUCACAGGGAGGUUCCUGAGCUCUUCUUGGAAGAGAAGAAAGAUACUAAGGAUGGGGAUGGUUUCUUGAAGGAACAGUCAGUCUGCAGGAGCCCAGAUGUUGUUGAGAAAAUGCCGUUUGAGCGUGAAGUGCAACAUCUGGAUGAACACUACCCUGCCACACAGCUGGAGUCUGACCUGACAGCUCCCAGCAGUCAGGACAAUGGAACUGGAUAUUAUAGCGAAAACCACGGAAUUCCUAAAAAACAAGUCCAAAUCCAGACCUCAUCUUACCAAGGAGAUCUAAAGAGACCUUCCUCAAAGCAGGACCAAAAAAAUUUGAGUCAAACACACCAGGAGUGCUCCAGUUUAGGUGUGGAGGAGGUGUUUGAUAUCCUGCCGAUGUCUGGGGAGCUGCAGCCGGGCGAAAGCCAGCAUGUGUGCUUCACUUUCUAUGGCCAUGCCAACAUCAGUGGUCAGGUUCUCGCCCUGUGUGAGGUGGAAGAAGGACCAACUUAUGAGAUUGCCCUGAAGGGGGAGGCCUCACAGGUCACAUAUACCCUAGAUAGGAUGGAAAUUGACUUGGGGGUGCAGCUGUUUGACCACGUGGCUGAAACUGAGCUCAUCCUGAGAAACACAGGGAAGGUUGGUUUUGACUUCGGUGUGCAGACACUGGAAGGCCUGUCCCCCACCAGCCUCCCACCUGGCCUGCCCCUUGUUGUCCCAAACUCGGGCCACAUAGAGGCAAACAAAGAACAAAAACUAGCAGUGUAUUACCUGCCAGGGGUUCCUGAGGUCUUCCACAAAAGCUUUGAGCUUCAGGUGUCAUACUAUGAGCCAGAGAGCAUCACCCUGACAGGAGAGGGUAUUUUUCCAAGAAUCUGCCUUGACCUGCCCAGAUGCCUCGGUAAGACUGAACCCAACAAGCUAGACCUUCUUAUGGCUUUAGUGAGAGAUGAGGAGAAGUACACCUCAGUCCUACAAGAGGCAAGAGAGCUGCUGGAAAAGGAGACAAGGCCAGUGAUGAGGGGUGGAGAUCUCUCCGCGGAUAACUAUAUCCCAACAUAUGACACCCUGCUGCAGAUGGAGAUGGAGAGGCUGCUGGUGAAGAAAGUCACAGAGGGCCCACUGGCCAGCCCUGCGGCCUGCGGGGAUACAUCUACACCUAAGGUCAACGGGCACUGUAGGAAAAUCAGCAGACUCGUGCUGCCUGAGUACAUGCUGGACUUUGGCUAUGUGAUCCGCAACAGUGUGCAGACCCACACUGUGAAAGUCACUAACACAGGGCCAUUGCCCGUGUCCUUCUGGGCUGACCAACGCCACCUUGCUUGCUCAGGGUUCAGCACAGAGUUGGACAAAGUGAAAAACUUGCCAAGCGGUGAGACAGAGACAUUCGAAGUGAAGUUUGACCCCCGUGGGGCCAGUCUGGACCUUGGGGAAGCUGUCAGUCUCUUUCCCAUCCGGAUCGUGGGUGGGCCAGUGGUGCAGGUGCGUCUGCGUGCAACAGUUACCAUGCCCUCGCUCAGCGUCUCCACAGAUACUCUGCAGUUUGGCACCAUCCAGUGUGGCUUGUGUAAGGUGGUCACUGUCCAGCUGUUGAACCCGGAGUCAGUGCCCAGCGAGUGGACCAUUUCUGAAGAGCAGCAGGCUAAGAAGAAGAUUGACAAGCAUGUGCCCCUCCAUAUCCGACGGAGAAUGUGGCAGGAGCGAAAGCCCGUUCCUAUUGUGUUCGAAAUUCUACCUCCCUCUGGGGUGCUGCUGCCUGGAGAAAGGGUCAAUGUGCAGGUGAAAUUCACCCCUGCCGAAGGGAAAACCUACAGCCAGCCACUGGUGCUCUCGGUUGCGCAGAGUUCCCAGCGUGUCCUUCUGCUGGCCCAGGGGCAAGGAGAGGAGCCGCAGCUGGAGUUCUCCUCUUCGGUGCUGGAGCUGGCGCCCAUCCUGCCCUACAGCAGAGGCGAGGAGGGAGAGGUGCUGGUCCGAAACCCCUGCUCCUUCCCUGUUGAGUUCUAUUCCCUGGAAUUUGACAAACAGUACCUGGAAGAGGAAAAGAUCCUGUGCAUGAUGAAAGGCUAUGAUGCCAAGAACAUUCUGCUGUUGCCCCCACGUGCCCCGGGGGAGACGCUGCCCCCAGAACUGCUGGACUACUACAAGAAGCAGAGUGCACAGGAGCAGGAGGAUUUGCAUGUGGCGGAGAUGAAAUCUCUCAAGGAGAGAGAGACUCUUGAGGCCGAGGAGAAGGCCAUAGCCUCGCUGCAGGCUGAGGUGAUGGCACAGCCCCUGCCCUUGGGCAGCCAGUCAGAAGAUGACAGGAAGGAGACCAAGGGUCAGUCAUCGAGCGGAGAGGAUCAAGCAGAGGAUCAAGAUGACAGCGGAGGGACCAUCUCUGUGGGCGAGCUGGAGAUCGACCCUGUUGCCAGGGCCAUUGCCCGCUAUAUGGGCACUGACCUCUUGCCUGGGGGGCAAGCUGUCCAAAAUCGCAAAGGCAUUGCUAUCAUUGUGCACGGGGCACCACUUUCUGGUAAGACUGAGACGUCGGUGACAUUGGCAAAGUAUUAUGGGGCUGCGUGUUUGAACAUCGAUGCCGUGGUGCUGGAGGCGGUCACCAGUGGGGAGAGCACAGCUGCGCUGCGGGCGAAGGAGCUGUGUGCCAAGGCAACUCUGGAACAUUCUCAGAGGAGGCUAGAGGAGGCUGCCCAGGAUGCCCCUGAGAUGACAGUGCCGUUGGGCACCGCUGAUGAUGCCCUCGGUGUGGACGUCCUGGUGAGGGACAGUGCUGAGGGUGAUGAGACCCAGCCCGCUAUGGCCUCACAGGGCCUCCCACCUGGCCAAGUCCCCAAGCAACUGAGUGGGAGCUCGACAGGGGACCUCGGCCUGGUGAGCUGCGUGCUGCCAGAAGAGCUGCUGGUGGACAUCCUCACAGACAGGCUGCAGCUGAGUGACUGCCAUUGUGGGGUGGUCAUUGAUGGACUGGACACGGUGUACAGCCAUUCUCCGGCCAAAGCCCUGCAAGCUGUCCUCAAGGCCUUCAACAACCGAUGCUUCAUUUAUGUAAUCAACCUGGUGCAGACUUUUGAAGCUUUCCAAGCCAAGGAGAAAGCUCAGAGGGAGGCAGAAGAAAACCAACAGAGGGAGAUUGAGGAAAUGGAGAGGAUGCGGUUGCAGGAGAUGGAUGAGGAAGAAUAUGAUGCCUUACCAGAAGAAGAAAAAAAGCGCUUUGCCCUUAAACACCUGGAGGACCUGAAAAAGCACAAAGAGCAGGAGCGGAUGGAGCGAGAGCAGGAGGAACGCAGGUGCCAAGAGGAGCAGGAAAGGCUGAGGGAAGAAGAGGAUGUUAAGAAGAAGAACAAGAAGGUGAGAAAGGAGCCACAAAAAGAAGAUGCGCCUGGAAAGAAGAGUCAGCUAGGAGGAAAACAGUCAGCCACUGCCCUGAAAUCUGAAAGUAAGUUGGACCUUCCCCUCAAGGAGGUAAGAAGAUGCCGUUCAGUGGAUAGCAAGGAGCCAAAAGAAUCCCUGGAAGAGGGUGCCAGAGAGCCAGAGGACGGUAACAAGAGAAAGCCCAAAGAGGGGAAGGGAGCAGGGCAGGAGGAGCUGCUGAUGUCCAGUGAAGAUCCAGACAGAGAGCUGGGCCAAUGCAGUGAGAGUGCCAAGCUGUUGCAGGCUCGCUUCCAAGAGUAUGAGCAGAACCAAGCCCUGGUCCGUCACAUUGUGGAGUACUGGAACCGGACACAAGGGCAGCUGCUACAGGCGCUUCUUCCGGAGGAGCUGCUCCUAGAAGGAGAAGACACAACUCCAGCUGUACCUGAAAGGCAGGUACCAUCUGGGAAGAGGGCCAAGAAAGAGCGUGAGAAGGAGAAGGUGGAGAAGGAGCGGGAGCGACUGGAGAAGGAGAAGUUCAGGAUGGAUAGUACCGACCCCAAACUGGCACCACUCACCGGGAGCACUGAGUUAACUGUGACAGGAGGCGAUGCUCUUGAGGGAGCUGAGAAGGAGGCAUUACCUGAGAAGGUGCCUUACCUCCUAUUGCCUGUCAGUGGGAGGGACCAUUCCAGCGGAACAGAGAUCCUGCAGACUGGAAAACUGCCCACCGUUGAAGAGGUCCUGGAUGAGCUAGGACUGGGGCCCAAAGGCUCUCCCAUCCCUCCUCCUACUAUUUUCUCCGUGGUCCCGUACCCUCAGAAACGGCCCGUUCUCAGUGACCAACAGAUGACAGGCUGCUUUACAUUCAUGGUGCCAGCAGCAGAGGAGCCUGGAGAGGGGAUCAGGGAGGAUAUGGAUCUGCUGGGCUCUACCUCUUUCCCAGCCCCUCUGUCCAAAAUACCGAAGGAGGAGCUGAUGGCUCCCACCAAAAGCCGAGGGAAGAAGGCUGAUGGAGGAAAGGAGAACCAAAAGGACAAGCGGAAAACAACCAAAAAAGGCACUGAGUUGCAAUCACCAUCUCCAAGCACUUUGAUAUACAUGUCCGACACAGAGCACAACAGCCACACGGAAGCCCAGCAAGAACAGAAGCAAAGACUGACUACUUUCCGCUGGAUUGUCCCUCCUAAUGGCCAGGUAACUCUUAAGAUCUGGUUCCACUCACUUUUGCUGGGCAAGUUUGAACAGACCCUCAAUUUUGAGGUGAUGGGCACCAUGAGGCAAUAUCAGCUUGUCUGCAAAGGGGUCUGUGCCUAUCCGUCCAUUAGCCAGGACUACAAGACCAUUUUUGCACUCUGUCGGAAGGCGUUGUUGCCAGGCAACAGCCUCCCAAAGACCUACAUUAUCCGCACUGGAGUGUAUGAUUUCGGCCCUCUGCUUUGUGGGAAGAACCGAGACAGGUACAAGGAGAGGAAGUACCCAGAGAAUGCAGUGACACUGGUCAUUCACAACAACUCAGCUAUGGAUGCUGAAGUUCACUUCUGCUUCCAGCAUGACACCAGGGCUGUCAUCUUCAUACUAGACCCACCCAACAUGACCAUCAUGCCCAAUGAGAGAAAGGAGCUGACUGUGUGGGCAUAUCCCAACACCCCCGGGCUAGUUGAGGACAGCGUGAUCUGUUGUGUGAAAGAAAACCCUGAGCCCAUUGUUAUCCGCUUAUCCUGCCAGGGGGUCCGCCCUGAGCUGGAGUUGGAUCGCAAGCAGCUUCACUUUGACAAAGUCCUCCUUAACAGAAGGGUCACUAAGACCGUGCGCCUGCGGAACAGCACCCUACUACCAGUGGCAUGGAGGCUGAACUUACUAGAUUCAAUGGGGGAAGAGUUUGGUGUUUCCCAGGACCAAGGGGUUAUCCUACCUCAGGCUGAGUACAACCUACAAGUGCACUUCCGUGCCACACGGCCUGUCGUAAUGAAGAAGGCCAUUCGCCUAGAGGUGUUGGAUUCAGAAAACAUCCUGGGCAUCGUCCACACAGAGAACAUCCAGAUCCUGGCCGAGGCCUAUGAUGUCGCUUUUGAUAUUACAUUCCCCAAGGGAACCAGCCUAAGCUCUCAGAAAUCCGAUGGUGCACUUGACUUUGGGACACUCAAAGUCUCAGAAGAAGUUAAGCUUUCUCUGACCCUGAAAAAUAAAGGGAAAUAUGAAGUAGUUUUCAAGUUCGUUCUGGACCCCACAGACCAGACUGUACCUGAUUUGAACUCCCUUUUCACAAUCAUGCCUCCUAAGGGCUCCCUCCACCCCAAUGACCGCCCCAUCAGCGUACAGUUCUCCUUUUGCUCUGACAAGGAAAUCUUCAUCAAAGAACAGCCAAUCAUAUUGCUCCAGGUGAUUGAACCGAAUAUCACAGCCGGCGGUGAAAUCAUUGGCCUCAUGCCCAUCAAGGUGUCUGUUCAGUCCCUCUUUAAUAAGUACAGGAUCCUGCCCUCUAACAUCAACUUUGGCCCCUUGGUCUACGGGAGCCGCAAGUCCUACAGCUUCACCAUUGAGAACUGCGGUGAAUUUGAGAUGCGUUUUAACAUUUCCAAGAUGUCCAAGGACCUGCCACUGUCUGCUCAAAAGAAAGGUGGUGGGGCGGUCAAAUGCAGCCACUCACGGGAGAGCCACUCAGCCAAGACCACCACUGGAAGUAAAAUACAUCGCACUGAGUCCAUACAGAAGGAUGCAGGCCAGCCCACACAGGCUCGCCUCACCAUGGGUGUGUUCUCCGUGUCCCCUGGAUUUGGUGUCUUGGUGCCCGGUUCCCACCAGGUCAUCACUGUGGAAUGCGUAGCUGAUCAGUUGGGCAACUGUGAAGAGUAUCUCACAGUGGACAUCAGCGACCGUGAACCUAGUGACCACCCCACUGGGAUCCCCUAUCAGCUGGGAGCAGAAGUCUGCAUACCAGGAAUACUGCACAAAGACAUUGCCUCUAUCUUCGAGGAGCACCACAUCUGCAAGAACAGCAACCUGCUGAGCUGUGAGCCGUUUAAGGAUGCUCUGGGCAUCUACAUCCAGGACGAAAAUAAGUUUGUCUUCAACAACGUACUGGUGGGUCGCCCCGCAAAGGCCCGCUUCCGCAUCACCAACCCAGGGAAGGUGCCAUGCGAGUUGAGUCUGGCAAUCAAGUCUGUUCCCACCAAGAUGUCCGUGCGUGCCGGUGAUGCGUUUGAGGUGACGCCUGCCCGCGUGUGCAUUCCCAGCCACUCACACACCUUCGUGGAGGUUGUCUUCGCCCCUCAGAGCAUGCAGACGUACAGUGCCAUUUUUGAGGUCACGUUGGAAGGAUGUGUGAGUUGGGUUCCAGUGGCCAAGACAAAGGCUCUAGCAUUUGAGCUGGUGGGGGAUGGGAACCUGCCCCGUGCGGCGGUUCUACGACCACUGCUGAGGACCCCUCGGGGGAACCCACUGCUGCAGUUCAAGUGCCUGCUUGUAGGCCACAGUCAGGUCCUGGCCCUCGUACUGAAGAACGAUGGAACUGUUCCAGCACAGAUAAACAUUGAUCUGCUGGACCAGACAGGUGUGUUCACAUUGAAGGAAGCAUCAGGAACUGUGAGCAGCUCUGUGUCUCCCCCCCGUACGGAGAGCGAGAGUGAUGCAGAGAAAAAAGUGGAACACAAAACCACUCUAUGUCUCACCGUGGGUCAGCAAGUGGAGAUCCACAUGGAGUUCCGGCCUAUGGCAGAGCAGGUUUUUGAGGCUCAAGUGCGCCUCCUGGUGACGGACAAUCAAUACGAGGAGACAGUUGUACAGCUGGUGGGGGAGGGGUACCGAGAUGUCGUAACACUGGACAACAUCGGCGGCAAAGCCCACGCAGAGGACAGCGGUACCACGGUAGAGGGACUCAGGUCCGACAUCCUGCACUUUGGAGACUGCCACGUGGCUAGGCCUUACCAGGACACAUUCACCAUGACCAACCACAGCAGCUCUGAUGUACUUCGGUUCGAAUGGCCCCCUGAUGGUCCACAGCUCCGGUUCUUCCCCAGGGUGGGCCACCUUCAUGCAGGCUGCUCCAAGGAUGUGACAGUAACCUUGUGCUCAGAGCAGCCCGUGGUCCUUAAUGCCCAGCUGGUGAAGUGCAAGUUGUGUCGGGUGGUCUUCCAGCAGCCUGUCGACCAGGUGCCGGACUGGGAUGACCGACUGAGAACCGUAAAAUGGGUUGAUGCUGGGAAACAGGUCGCCACACCUCGACCAAGCAAGAAAAAGGUAAUUGAGCCAGACCCAGAACCAGCCCAUUCCGUGGUGGAGAACUCAUCCAGGGAACUGGAGCUCCGGGUCAGCGCUGUGUGUGACUACGCCAAGUUCACGUGCAAGGCAGAGAAUAUUUGCUUCAAAGACACAUUGUUGUACCAGACGAGAGUGUACCAGUUCCAGAUACAGAACUCGGGGAGCGUACAGUUGGAAUUCUCCUGGCAGGUACUAAUGGAGCGGUUAGGAAUGAACAACAGCUUCACUUGCAAAGCGACAUCGCAGCCUGUAACCCCGCGCUCACGCCAGGAGAGCAGGACAGCUCCUAGACCAGCUACUGCUUUGGGGAGUGUGUCUAACCUACUUAUGGGAGAUCCCGAGCUUCCCCCGUUCUCUGUGGAGCCCAGCACUGGGAACAUUAACCCUGGGGACAGCCUGACUUUCCACAUCAAGUUCUCCCCUCUGGAGGUGGCUGAGUAUGAAGGUCGCCUGAUGUGCAGCAUCCCCAACCUGAAAGAGGAGCAGGGCCCCACCAUGGCGGUGAGCGGUCGCAGCCUGCUUCCCUACUGCCACUUUCACCUGGAGGACUCCGACUAUCUCAGUGCCGGCAGGCGCAACCCAGACAUGCGUGGCUCCUAUGGGGCCCCUACCAAGGCCACAUUGGACCCCAGCACUAGGGUCAUUGAGUUUACCGCCGUGGGCAUCGGUACCUCUGUCCCAAGGACCUUCAGCAUGGUGAACCCAACCAGCAAGCCCUACUCCUUCGUGUGGAGGUGUGAGGACUUGGGAGAGACCUCCUUCAAGUGCAUCACCCCCAAGGGUUCCAUUCAGCCUGGAAAAAAAGCAGAGGUCACCUUUGAGUUUCAAGCCCACGACCUUGACAUGGUAGAGUCCUUCUGGACCUUCCUGAUUCCAGAGCAAGGCAUCUCAGUUCCAUUCCUGCUUGCGGGCAUUGCCAGUGAGCCUAAGGUGUACAUGGAUCGUGUCCAUCUCAACCUGGGCAGCCUGCUUGUGGGUCGCAGAAUCCAGGAGAUGGUGUACAUAGUGAACGGGGAAGACAUUCCUUACCGUUUCUCCAUCCGUGAAACUUCCCGUCACGCAGAGGCCUUCCUUGACAGCCUGGAGCUGGACACUCUGGUGGGCACCGUGAGACCCCACGAAAGGUUCCCUGUGACCAUCUCCUUCACUCCCAACCAAGAGGGCACAGUGUCCUUCAGCCUGGUGUGUGAUGUGAGGAGCAAGAUGCAGCCACUGACCCUGAAUGUGAAGGCAGAAUGCCACAGCCUGAGUGCUUGUGUGCAAUGCCAGGGUCCAGAUGGGGACAUCACUGAGCUGAGCCCAGGGAUCACCCACCAGGUUGACUUCAAGCAGGUGGAGCUGAGUGACCGAUCCUUGUGCCAAUUCCUGCUGUCGAACCCAUGCAAGUUCUGCCUGGAUGUGCAGUAUGAGCUGCUGGGCCCACCAGAGUUUCAGCGCCACCUGCAGGUGGACCCCGUGAGGGACUGCGUGCCUGUGGGUCAGCAGAGCCAGUGCACCGUGACCUUCUUGCCACUGAAGAAGUGUGUGAUCAAGGAUGUCAUCCUUUCCCUUAGCGUGAAGAACGGGCCAACGUUCAGCUGCUCCUUCUCAGGCUGCGCUGUGGCCCCCAGUGUGCAUUUCUCCUUCCUCAAGCAUAAUUUUGGGAUGAGCUUCCUAUACAGUGCUGGCAUGGUGCCUCCCUCACAGACGCUGGUUAUCUCCAACAGGGGCAAACAGACACUGAGCCUGGGAUGCCUGUUUCACAACACAGCACACUUGGAGGUGGGCUUCCAGCCCGAAAUGUUGCCCCCCGGUGGAGCAGCGGAGGUCCCGAUCACAUUUUACGCACGAAAAGUCAUGCACUACAAGGAGAAGAUCGUCUUCGAGAUCAACGAGUGCACCAGGCAGGUGGUGGAGAUCCUGGGUCAGGGCAUCAAAAUGAAGAUCGAAGUGGAAAACCCCAAACAGAAGGUGGUGAACCUGGGGGCUCUCCAGAUUGGCCAGAGGACCAAGACAGUGGUCCCUGUGGUGAACAACAGCCCCGCACCACUGACCGUCUGCCUGCUUUUCAGCCCGUCUGUGCACACACUGCUGGACCCCAAGGUGUUCUCAGUGAGCCCAACUGGUGAGGUAACGCUGAAGGCCAGUGGGGGGCGCUGCUUGUUGGAGCUGCUGUUCUCCCCAAAGCAGCACAUGGCCCCGUUUAGGGAAGAGCUGCAGUUGGAGUGCCUGGGGACAGUGUGCCCCCUGCUGGUGCUGCAGGGCUGCUGCCAUGGCGUGGAGGUGAUGCUUGACCAGACCUGCCUGCCUUUUGGGGCUGUGGCCAAGGGUGGACAAGCUAGUCGCCGUGUUGUCAUGAGUAAUACGGGAGACAUGGGAGCGAGGUUCAAGUGGGAUACAAAGAAAUUUUCCCCUGACUUCUCCAUAAGUCCAACAGAGGGGUACAUCUGCCCUGGAAUGGUAAUCCCAUUUGACGUGACCUUUUCCCCAGUGGAACUGAGCCAGGAUAUUCGCUACGAAAAUGUUCCCUGCACCAUCGAGGGCGCCAAGCCCAUCAGGCUCACUGUGUCAGGGUCCUGUGUCAUGCCCCUCGUCACCAAGGAGGUGGUGAACUUUGUUUGCCAAGUGCGCAGUCAACAAUCGCAGACCAUCACCCUGUCCAACCGCACGGGUCAGCGCUGGAGCCUCAAGCCAGAGCUGGAAGGAGAACACUGGAGCGCCCCGUCUUCCCUUGUGAUCGAACCGUUCCAGCUGAACAAGCCCUUUGAAAUCAUUUACAAGCCUCUCGUCAUGACAGCCGACGGCAAGAAGCAUCAAGGCUCUGUAUUCUUCUCCUUCCCCGAUGGAACGGCCACACAGUACACCCUGCUUGGAAUCUCGGAGCCCCCGAAAGCAGCUGGCACCAUCUUCCGCGAGAUGCCAUGCAAAACCCCCUACACAGAGCUGCUGCCUGCGCACAACUGGCUGGCCAAGCUCCAGAGGUUCCGUGUUGUUGCGGAGAUCAUUAAGACUGAACAUCCUGACAGCACUGUGUCCCUCAAAGGACUGGACUAUCUGGAUGUGCCGGCGUUGACCAAGAGGGACUACAAACUCUCCUUCUUCACCUAUAAAGAAGGGCUGUAUAAUGCCAGGGUGACUUUCCGCAAUGAGGUGACCCAGGAGUACCAGUUCUAUUAUCUAAACUUCAAAGCAACAGCGCCAGGAGUGAUCCGGACCAUCGAGAUGGCCACACCGUUACGGCAGACGGCCUCGGCCACAGUGGAGGUGGAGAACCCGCUCUCUGUCACUGUCUCCUUCACAGUGGAGUGCCGCAGUGCGGACAUCAGUGUGCCGUCCCUGCUGUCUGUGCCUGCAAUGUCCACGGGUACGCUAACAUUUGAGUACCAGCCCUUACGGGUAGGCGACUUUGCCACCCGCCUCAGCCUGCACAAUGUCGAUCUGGGCUACUUCCACUAUGACCUGGUGCUCAAGGCACUGCCUGCCCCCCCGGAGAAGCCGCUCUUCUUCCGCGCACCGCUGGGCAGUGGCCAGUACGGCACCGCCAAGUUCGUCAACUACUCCCGCAUCAAGACUGAGUACAUUUGCAAGACGGACAGUCCUGACUUCACAGUGGAGAAGAGCAUCAGUGUGUCUGCAGGGAACCAGGCAGGCAUUGAAGUCAGUGUGGAGGUGCACUUUGAGCCCUGUCAGCUGGGGGAGAGCCGGGCAACCCUCACCAUUACCUCCGGCCCCGGCGGCGAGUAUGUGUUCCCACUCAUCGGCACCAGCGUUCCCCCCAAAGCUCAGGGCCCUUUCCCUGUCCGCAUGGGCACCAGCAUCUCCAUCCCCUUCAAGAAUGUUUUCCUACAGGCCACAGCCUUCUCCUUCCAGGUAGAUAACCCAGCUUUCACUGUGAAGGGGGUGGAAACUGUUCGUUCCAAGAAAUCCCUCAACGUCCUGGUUUCGUAUGAAGGCUCUGCAACGGGUUCCCACGGGCCCUGCACCGGAAAGCUCACCAUCUUCAGCCCACGGACCGAGGGCCAUGGCCAGAGCAUCAGCUGGAUCUACUACCUGAAGGGCAUCAGCCACGAACUCUCCCAACGGGACAAGCCCUCUUAGAGGACUGCUCGCCUCCCACAGCCCCCUGGGCAUGUCUUGUACCCACACUAUGGAUAUUUUCAUUACUCAGGCUAAUUGCAUGGUUUUAUAGUGCUUGACCGGAAUUGUGUUAGAUGCUUAACUUUGCCAUUUUUGCGUGUAAUAUAGAUUGAUAGGAUUGGUACUGUGUUUCUUAAUGAAUGUCAGUAUUUCUGUCCUUUUGAAAUAUUAGUGAAAAGACCGUGUUACAUUUUUGCAUUUAUUCAUUUAGCAGAUGCUGUUAGCCAGAUGUGAGCCCUGAGGUUUAAAAAGUGGAUCCAGGCAACAAUCACUGAAAAUAACUGUAACUGUGGUCCUGUUCCCUUAAUGGAUACCUGGGCCAUUGGUAUCUGUUUUCUUAAAUACGUAAUUGUGACCACGGUAUAGUUCUGAACAAGACAGCGUACUCACCGUUCAGGCACCUCUGCAUCCGCACACGGAGAGGAUGACAGACACUGUAAGAAACAUUACAAGUUCCUUUCACUGUAAGGCCAUCCACAGACCUCCUACAUUUUUGGAAGAAACAUACUGAGUUCUAACAGUGGGCAGAGCUCAGCUGGACCGACAAAGUGCAGAUCACAUUCUACAGAUAAUGAGUGGCUGCAGGAUCCCACCAGUUUUUCCCCACCCUUUUCCUGUCCAGUGGUCAAACAGAAGGUACAUGACUGUGUCUAUAUGAACACGGAGACUUGUCAGCGGGAAACAGAAGACGGUCCAGUGAAUUACAAAACAUACCUCGUCUCAUUUCUGUGACACACAUAUAUUUGCAGACUAAAGUUAUAUUUAUUUACUGAGCUCAUUAUUAGUAUCAAUAUCCCAGUAAAAUAUACACUUUGCACAAUUGUGUAUGUUUGGUAACAAAUCCUAACCUAUAGUCUGUAGUGGAGUCAGUCUGGAAUCUGGUACCUGUGCCCUUUUACUAGAGUACCACACAUUUUUCUUCUCUCAUGUUCAGUGGAUUUCAUCCAGCAUUAUUUUGUGAAGUGUAGAUUAUUGUACAUAAAGUGAGCUUUAGGCAAAAUGCCCAACAUUCCUUAUGAGAGUAUAGUCUGUGAGGCUGCCCAUAACUGCUGUGGAGUUGGGUAACACAGUGGUAAUGUGAGUACAUAGAUACAUAGCCACAGUUUUAAAUUGCUUAACUCAUAGUUAUUACUUUCUCUUUUUAAAUUUCUCUGUACUUUUUUCUUUUCUGCACUACAUAAAUGUUUUUAAGAACUCGGAGGCGAACUAUUGGGAAUGAUGC